AGAGCGUGAGGCUGAGAGGAGGGAGGCGUCGCUUCUGGACCCGGUCACACAUGUUUACAUGUUCAUACAUGUUCACACAUGUUCACAUGUUUACACACGUGGACGGGACGUUAACCUCUGUGGACCAGUGACGUGUGUGAGCAGCUGUUUGUCGCUCUGUGUGUCCUGCAGGUAGUGGCCUCCUGCUCCUCUUCCUCUUCCUCCUCCUCCUGCUGCUCCUCCUGCUCCUGCUCCUCUUCCUCCUCCUGCUCCUGCUCCUCCUGCUGCUCCUGCUCCUCCUCCUCCUCCUCCUCCUCCUGAUGAAGAUGAAGGUGUUUCACAGUCCGGCUCGUCAUGGUUACGCUGUGGAAGUUUCUCCGUUCAUGGCGAACAGAGCGGCCUGCGCUGCCUCUCAGUAUUACGGACUCGCAGUUCAUUGGGACCCUGCUCUCAGCCGCUCGCUCUCCACACUCAGAGGUCAUGAAGGGGUCAUCUACAGCACCAUUUGGUCGCCUCACAUCCCAGGAUGCUUUGCUUCAGCCUCAGGUGACGGGACUCUCAGAGUCUGGGACCUGAAGGCUGCCGCCUGUCGAUUGGCCAUCCCAGCACACAAGGCUGAGAUCCUCAGCUGUGAUUGGUGCAAAUAUGACCAGAACAUUGUGGCCACGGGCUCCGUCGACUGCAGCGUGUGUGUGUGGGACCUGAGGAACGUACGUCAGCCUGUCAGUCAACUACGAGGACACACCUACGCCAUCCGCAGAGUCAAG